UGGGCAUUAGUCAAUACGUUGCCCUUGUAAGACUAUCUACCAUCCGUAUCCGUUCCCCUUGCGACCACACGCUUCUCAAGUGCCCAUAUACACCACUGAUCCAAUCACUGAGAAAAAAGAGGGUGCGAUUAACAUUUUUCCUCAGAAAUUUAACACUUUUUAGGUGUAAAAAUAUAUAAUAUCAACAUUUUUUAAUGUUAAUUUUACACUUUAUGGGUAAAAUUAACAUGAACAAGGGUAACUUUAACCCCCAAUGCACCUAAAAAGGGUAAUAUUUACACCGAUUUCGGAUCAAUAAUGCAGGGUAAAAUUAACAUUUCCGGAAUGUUACUUUAACUUUUUUUCGGAUUGCUCUCAGUGUUGGAAUGAGAAGGAUUUGCUAAUGCGAGCUUUCUGCAGUUGCAAGUUCUUUGGCUCUGGAUCAAUUCAACUCUCUGUGACGUCAUCAGUACCAUGCUGCGCAAGUAGAUGUCUCUGUUUUAAAUCCCUGAUGUUUACAAUUUGCUCCGAGUGAUUUUUCUUGGAUUUCUGCUGCCCAAGUUGCAUUUUCAGCAAGAAAUCGUUGAUGAAUAAUUUGCUGAGAGUGUUUAAAGUGUGCCCAAAGAUGCCUUUUUAUGCUGUGGCCAAAGGGAAGACGCCUGGAGUCUAUAAAACUUGGGAUGAAUGCAAGGCAAAUGUUAAUGGAUUCAGUGGGGCUCGAUAUAAGAAGUUUAGCACAGUGCCAGAGUGUCUUAAAUUCAUUGAGCAGGAAGGUGUCAGUGCUUCAACGUCUCAGAAGCCCAAAAAGAACAGUUGGAAGGGAAAGAGUUUAGCGGAUCUCUGUCCAAAUCUCUUGCUGAAUAGGGGAAUUAAGAGAAAGCAUUCAGAUGUUGAAGAUAGGGAUGAUGACUUUGUGGAUGUUUGGACAGAUGGAGCUUGUCCGGGAAAUGGUAAAAAUGCCACGUCAGCCGGGAGGGGAGUCUUUUUCGGAGAUGAUCAUCCAUGGAAUGUCGCUGAACGAGCCGAUGGACCUCCGACAAAUAACAGAGGAGAAAUCCAAGCUUCCCGGCGAGCCAUUGAGAUUGCCAAGGAGAAUGGUGUGAAGAAGCUGAGAAUCAACACAGAUUCUGAUUUUCUGAUAAAAAGCGUCAAGGAUUACAUGCCAAAAUGGAAAGUAAAUGGCUGGAAGACAUCCACAAAAGCCGAUGUGAAGAAUAAGGAUGACUUCCUGUUGCUGGACAAAGUUCUGGAUGGGACAAUUGAGGUUGAAUGGAAUAAAGUUCCAGGGCAUGAGGGUGUUUAUGGGAAUGAAAAGGCUGAUGAAUUGGCUCGUUUGGGAGCUACAAAGCACGCAGAGUCUUGAUAAUAAAACAAAUUCUAGUUGACUGAAAUUCCCUUUAAUUUAUAUACAAGUUAAUUGAUGGCGCUUCAGCGGAAGAGUGAGAGUCUUUUGCUGUUGGGAAGACGUCCUUCUCCAUUACCCAGGCCCGAUUGAAUAUCGUCAAUGUUUGGAAUACCCUUGAUCUCGCCACGGGCAGCAACAGCAGCCUUCGAUGACAAGAGUCUCUUGGCAAAGCGCAUAAUAUCUUCCGAUCGGAUUUGUUCUGAAAAUUGUUAAAAUUAAUUGUAUUUUGUUUCUAAUUAAAUAUUUUCCAGAAAAA